CUGCUGUCCAAGCACUCAUCUUCAGUUUUCCUUUUCAUAUUUUGCUGCAUACUUUGCUUUCCCUCAGAUUAAAAUUCAGAAAACAUGGGAGAAAUCAUGUCUGAACAACUAGUUUCUGAGUUUCGAGAAGCCUUCUGUCUCUUCGACAAAGAUGGAGAUGGCUGCAUAACGAUGGAAGAACUAGCCAUUGCAAUCAAGUCGUUGGAUCAGAAUCCAACGGAAGAAGAGCUCCAGAACAUGAUCGAUGAAGUUGAUACUAAUGGCAAUGGAACUAUUGAAUUAGGAGAAUUCUUGAAUCUCAUGGAAAGAAAAAUGAAGGAAACUGAAGCAGAUGAUGAACUGAGAGAAGCUUUCAGGGUAUUUGACAAAGAUCAAGAUGGCUACAUAUCACCCCAUGAGUUGAGGCUGGUGAUGAUCAAUAUAGGGGAGAAACUAACAGAUGAAGAACUAGAGCAGAUGAUCAGAGAAGCUGAUUUGGAUGGAGAUGGUCAAGUUAAUUAUGAAGAAUUCGUCAGAAUGAUGUUGGCAGCCGCUUGAUAUUCAAGUUUACUUUUAUUCACCAAAUAACUUAUUGUAAUGGAUACAUAAACUAUAUGUUAUCCUUAAACUCUGAUUAAGAGUAUAUACUUAAUGAUUGAUAGGGAGGCUAAUCAGGGAAUAUAUGUCAUGUGAUAAUUUUGAUAUUAUUAUAGAACAAUAAU